AGUCCGGGUUCUACUCCCGGUGCAGCACCCCAGGACUGUGGCUCAGUGCGCGCCCAGCGGCCGGGUCGGGGCAGCGAUGGGGGCUCUGCAGCUGCCCCAGGAGGGGGACCGGCUGCUCUACUGGGGGGCUGGAGCCGUCACUCUGCUCUUCACGCUGCUGGCAGCCUUCACGUUCCGCCUGCUGCCGGGUUACCUGGGGAAGUGGAAGGCGCUGAAGCCGAUUCCGGGGCUCAGCCCCUGUUACCCGCUGCUGGGAAAUGCUCUGCUCUUCGAGCGCAAAGGGGAAGAUUUCUUUAAACAAAUGAUGCAAUACUAUAAUGAUUUCAGGAAUCAACCACUGUUAAAACUUUGGUUUGGACCAUUGCCUUUUCUGUUUUUAUAUCAUCCAGAUACUGUUGAGGUUAUUCUAAGCAGUUCAAAGCACAUGGAAAAAUCCUAUCUAUACAAAUUUCUGCAACCAUGGCUUGGCACAGGACUUCUAACAAGCACUGGGGAUAAGUGGCGUUCCAGAAGGAAAAUGAUAACUCCCACAUUCCACUUCACAAUCUUAGCUGAUUUUCUAGAAGUUAUGAAUGAACAAGCCACUAUUUUGGUUGAUAAACUUGAAAAGCACGUUGACAAAGAGCCAUUUGAUUGCUUUCUAGACAUCACUCUCUGUGCCCUGGAUAUAAUCUGUGAAACUGCGAUGGGCAAGAAUGUCAGUGCACAGAACAAUAAGGAUUCUGAAUAUGUCCGUGCUGUUUAUAAGAUGAGUGGCCUCCUUCAUCAGAGACAGAGGUGUCCUUGGUUUUGGUCUGACUGGAUAUACCUUAUGUUCCAAGAAGGAAGGGAACAUAAUAGAAGUCUCAAGAUUCUUCACAGUUUUACUGACACUAUUAUUGCAGAAAAAUCCCGUGAAAUAAAGAACCAUGAACAACAUAAAACUGACUUUGAAGGCAAAUGUGAACAAAGUGGAUCCAAAAAGAGAAGAGCUUUUCUUGAUAUGCUUCUGAAUGCAACUGAUGACAAAGGGAACAGACUGAGUUACAUGGAUAUUCGAGAGGAAGUGGAUACUUUCAUGUUUGAGGGGCAUGAUACAACAGCUGCUGCUAUGAGCUGGGCCAUCUACUUACUUGGAUGUCAUCCAGAAGCCCAGAAGAAAGUUCACAGAGAAUUGGAUGAAGUGUUUGGGAACUCUGACCGGCCUGUCACAAUGGAUGACCUUAAGAAGCUCCGGUAUCUUGAGUGUGUCAUUAAAGAAGCCCUUCGUCUCUUCCCUUCUGUUCCAUCCUUUGCCCGCACCACAAGUGAAGAUUGCCAUAUUAGAGGAUUUAAGAUACCAAAAGGUACAGAGGUAAUCAUUGUUACUUAUGCACUGCACAGAGAUCCAGAGGUUUUCCCAGAUCCUGAGGAAUUCAGGCCUGAGCGAUUCUUCCCUGAGAAUUCUAGUGGAAGGCAUAUAUAUGCGUAUGUGCCCUUCUCUGCUGGAUCCAGAAACUGCAUUGGCCAGCGCUUUGCACAGGUGGAAGAGAGAGCUGUUCUAGCCAUCAUCCUACAACGCUUUUGGGUGGAAACAAGUCAAAAGCGAGAAGAUCUUGAUUUGGUCGCAGAAUUAAUUCUUCGCCCAAAUAAGGGCAUCUGGAUCCAGCUGAAGAGGAGAAGAGAGUGUGUGUCAUAAGAAUAAAGCUUACAAGGAUUUUAGAUCCUAGAACAUGUGCUCAGUAGUAUCCUGUAGUUUAUUCAUCUUUAAUCACAUAAGAAGACUUAACAGAAUUGUAAAUAUAUCAAAAUAUUUCAGAAUCUCUUGACCUUUGACCUAUAAAUAUUUAUCUCAGGAUGUGAUCUUUCCCUCCCAUUCAGUUGGCUCAGGAUGUCUCAGAAAGUAGCAUUGACAGUUGAAUGCCUUGUAUCCUUACUAUCCAUUGUCAUGGCACUUUACAUCACUUUCUCUGAGACCACCAUUCAUAUUGCUCCAUGAAAUGGUCAGCUGACUGACUUCUCACCCUGGAGGAAAAGUUACUAAGGUGUAGGACAUGCCCAGCUUCCACUCUCCCAAGGGUAAGGGUAUGGAGGUGGUCUUCCACCCACUGUCUCUUAAUUACAAACGCAAGGUACUGUUACAGUCUUCAUUAGAAUAUUUUUGGUGGACAACUCCAUACCUUAUGUGAGUGAAAUCAGACAACUAUAGUUCUUGCAUGGAACUGUAGCCUUGACAGGCUAAAAAAUGUAGAAAACUGAAUGUGAAUUUGGAGAGAUCUGAAAAGAAUGAGCCAGAUCCUUAGCUGGUAUGAAUCAGCUUAGCUCUAUGGUCUUCAGUGGAGCUGUGUGAGUUUUCACCAGCUCAGGAUCUGGCUCAGUAUAUUUAGCGAUUAUUCAUCCAAAAUUGUUUUUUGUUGUUGUUGAGUUCAUUCUGCAGUUUAUGGCAUGUCCCAAACUCUCCUCUCACUUAAAGCAGUGCAGUCUUACUGGCUUCAAUAGAGUUAUUCCUGCGUGAAUGAGGGGAGAAUUUCACAAAUGACUUCCAGUGUGCCUAUUGAAGGGAGGGAAAUAUAUUUUCCAAAAUGUAUGUGUUUUUCACAGUUAUUUUUGAAUGUUAUUGCGGCCUUGACUGUUGGAUUAAUUUGUCAUGUAACUUAUAUUAUAUAGUAUGAUAUAAUACAUUCAGCUAAUAGUCAAAUCUGAUUGAGAUUUAUAUAAACCUCUGCACUUUAAAUGAUAUUGACAUUCUUUACAAAUGGUUAUAAAUUAUUAGAAUGGAUUUUUUGUUCAGUUUCUGGCAUUUGGCUCGCAAAAGCAAUCAGUAGAUGAGCGUCUUUCCUUAGGAGAAAAAGAAAAUUGAGGUAGCCUGGAUGAUGAACUACCUCCCUUAAUAGAGCAAAAGAAAAGGAGUACUUGUGGCACCUUAGAGGCUAACAAAUUUAUUAGAGCAUAAGCUUUCGUGGGCUACAGCCCACUUCAUCGGAUGCAUAGAAUGGAACAUAUAGUAAGAAGAUAUAUAUACACACACACACACACACACACACACACACACACGAAGAACAUGAAAAGGUGGACGUAGCCAUACCAACUGUAAGAGGCUAAUUAAUUAAGAUGAGCUAUUAUCAGCAGGAGAAAAAAAAACUAUUGUAGUGAUAAUCAAGAUGGCCCAUUUAGACAGUUGACAAGAAGGUGUGAGGAUACUUAACAUAGGGAAAUAGAUUCAAUAUGUGUAAUGACCCAGCCACUCCUAUUCUCUAUUCAAACCCAAGUUAAUAGUAUCUACUUUGUAUAUUAAUUCAAGCUCAGCAGUUUCUCAUUGGAGUCUGUUUUUGAAGCUUUUCUGUUGCAAAAUUGCCACGUUUAAGUCUGUUACUGAGUGGCCAGAGAGGUUGAAGUGUUCUCCUACUGGUUUUCGAAUGUUAUGAUUCCUGAAGUCAGAUUUGUGUCCAUUUAUUCUUUUGCGUAGAGACUGUCCGGUUUGGCCAAUGUACAUGGCAGAGGGGCAUUGCUGGCACAUGAUGACAUAUAUCACAUUGGUAGAUGUGCAGGUGAACGAGCCCCUGAUGGCAUGGCUAAUGUGAUUAGGUCCUAUGAUGGUGUCACUUGAAUAAAUAUGUGGACAGAGUUGGCAUCGGGCUUUGUUGCAAGGAUAGGUUACAUAGGUUAUAGAGCAGUUACUCCAGCACAAGGUGGAUCUGUGUUUGCCUGGCCUGUGCACAAAGUGAGAAUUUUGGUUGCCAGCACAAAUAAUUGUAACAAUUUGACAUUCAGGGUCAAAGUCUGCUCUGAGAUCCGACUCCUGGUCCAAAUCCUACUUGAGUCAGUUGGUGCUGCACCUAGUAAUUGAGAAUAGAAUUUGACCCCCCCCCACCCAGUCAUGAAUUGCUGCUAUUCUCACAGGGUGGACAAAGAGCUGACACGGAAGUGAAAUAUCAUGGCAGUUUAUGAUUUUGUACUGUGGGGCUGGGCAGAAAGCUCUUCUCUCUCUCUACAACUCCAUGAAGCAUACACUUGAUUGACUGUGUGGGGAGUGCCCCACAAAAACAAGGACACUGAAUUAACUCUGAAAGGGUUUGAGCCAAUGAGCAGACAGGAGGUGGGAUGGUUCACCAGCCUGGGAAGAUUCAGAGAAGAAAUAAAGAAGAAGCUGGCUAGCAAGCAGUAGCCCUGAGCUGGGGCAGAGAGAGAGAGAGACUGAACCUGGAGCUGCUGGGAGGAGAGCCAGUUGCUUGCAAAAGGGGACUUUCAUAAAUUCACAGCCUGGAGUUCACAGGACAGCUGAGACCACUGUUCUGAGCUCACAGGUUAGCCUGACCCAAGGGGUGGGGGAUUGCAUUGGCGUGGGGCAGAGAGUCUGUGUGUAUCUAGCCAGCCAGCGCGGGAGGGGCUGCGGCUCUAUCGGGGCAAGAAAGUCUGUAUAACCCCUGCUAGAGUUCCUGACCUAGGUCUACUCCUUGUUUGCUUGGGUGAGAUAAGUGUUGUUCUAUUGUUAAGUGUAGUGCAUACUCCUGACCCCUGUAGGAGAGAGUGUUGGUGUUUGUGCAGAGGUGUGUGGCUGGGACCUGGGACCCCUCUCCAAUUGUUGGAAUCCCCCACCUUACAAUACUUUCAUAUAGGAAAUAUUGGUAAUGUAUUUAAUGUACCUAACCUUGGUCUAUUUUUAGCUAUCUGGACAAUAUGCAUUAUUUUUCAAUAAAGUUUUUAUUAGUUAAAGAUAUUUUUAAACUGAAGACCUAUUACACAGUGUACAUUUCCAUGUAAAAAUAUAGUGGGGAUGUUACAAAAUGGAAAGAUUAAAAUUGCAACAGAGGGACACUUAAUAUGUUAAAAGAAAAGGAAUACUUGUGGCACCUUAGAGACUAACAAAUUUAUUUGAGCAUAAGCUUUCGUGAGCUACAACUCACUUCAUCAGAUGCAUUCUGUAAUACAUUGUUGCCUUACAGUGUUGUGAAUUUGUUUAUAAAAUGUUGACUUUGCUACAUUGCUCCCUAGAUCAAUAAAACAAUAUAUCUUAAAUAA